AUGGCGAAUCCAUGUGGCGAAUUCCGUAAGGAUAUACAGAAAUGUGUCGCACCAGCAGGACCACAGGGAACAACUUUAUUACCUGCGGCCUGUUCCGCGGCACCGAUUCAAAGUCAAAGCGCACCUGUAACGCCAAUGCGACCACGAUCACUUUAUACAGCGCACAGUUAUCAUGCACAGACCGAGGACACUAAUUUUCAACGGUACAAUGAAUUUUCCAAGUACUUUGAAACACCACCAGCGGAUCAAUGGAGCGGUGGUAUAACGGGUGCAACCACUUAUUCGAGUUCAGGGGCGAUUUGGAGACAGCCAAGAACUCCUAAAACAAUGGCCACUCCGUAUUACACGACCGAGGAGGCCUGCCUUUAUACAGAAAAUUGGAGGGAACACGAGACCGAUGCGAGUGCAGGAGGUGCUGUCGCCACGCCACACGGUACCAUUUCCCUGAGACUCCGCAAUAGGAUUCGAGUUGACAUGACGGUCGAUCGUGCUGUAAGAGUGAUCAAUUUUAAGAAUAAUAUCGUGCUUUCGUUAAGCUGUUCUGGAGCAGCCGCUGCAUUAUUACAUCCAAAUGGAAGAAUAUAUCAAUAUGGAUCGCGUGUUGAAAUUCUGGCCCACGAUACGCAUGGGAAUAAUAAAUACGCGAAGAUGUGGUACAAGGGUGUCAGUUUUACCUGCGAACAAUGUGCUCUUGUAUAUUUAGUGGAUGCAGCGGGAACUAGAACAACCACUGACUCGUUUUCGGACAUGAGUCAAGACUUUUCGUUGAGUGUUUUUUACUCCGGCUCGCGACAUGGAUCGUCGUGCCUGCAAGAAGCGGCCACAUCUCUCGGAGCUGCUCAAUAUUGGAUGACAGAUGAAGGUGUUGAAAAUUGGAUCAUCAAUAAUGUCAGAAUUUCUCAGACUCCGGAUGGUCUUGUUAGAAUUGCGCGUAAUAGCAACAAGUAUCAGCUACGAACAUCACCUAGCAAUGGAACUGCAUCCCUAACAACUCCGUUUCUACAUUGCACAGCAUCGUUGGGUCAAACGUCUCAUCUAUUUGUGCGUCGGGGAGAGCGCCGGAUGCAUUACGACGGAACAAGUUUUAUUGUGCGCAAUGCAGGACACAGUGCUGGAUUUGAUGACAAUGACCAGUUAAAAGUCUAUUGA